AUGCCGUACGUCUUACUUGUAACGGGAUUAGAGAGAAGCAACCCCAACCACUGCCACGUACCACCCCACUACUGCCUCACAGCGUCACCACUCUCACCACGUACAACCCCACUACUGCCUCACAGCGUCACCACUCUCACCACGUACAACCCCACUACUGCCACACAGCGUCACCACUCUCACCACGUACAACCCCACUACUGCCUCACAGUACCACCACUCUCACAACGUACAGCCCCACUACUGCCUCACAGAGCCACCACUCUCACCACUCUCACAACGUACAGCCCCACUACUGCCACACAGCACCACCACUCUCACCACGUACAACCCCACUACUGCCUCACAGUACCACCACUCUCACCACGUACAACCCCACUACUGCCUCACAGCACCACCACUCUCACCACGUACAACCCCACUACUGCCACACAGCGUCACCACUCUCACCACGUACAGCCCCACUACUGCCUCACAGCGUCACCACUCUCACCACGUACAACCCCACUACUGCCACACAGCGUCACCACUCUCACAACGUACAACCCCACUACUGCCUCACAGCACCACCACUCUCACCACGUACAACCCCACUACUGCCUCACAGCACCACCACUCUCACCACGUACAACCCCACUACUGCCUCACAGUACCACCACUCUCACCACGUACAACCCCACUACUGCCUCACAGUACCACCACUCUCACAACGUACAGCCCCACUACUGCCUCACAGCACCACCACUCUCACCACGUACAGCCCCACUACUGCCACACAGCACCACCACUCUCACAACGUACAGCCCCACUACUGCCUCACAGCACCACCACUCUCACCACGUACAACCCCACUACUGCCUCACAGCACCACCACUCUCACCACGUACAACCCCACUACUGCCUCACAGCGUCACCACUCUCACCACGUACAACCCCACUACUGCCUCACAGCACCACCACUCUCACCACGUACAACCCCACUACUGCCUCACAGUACCACCACUCUCACCACGUACAACCCCACUACUGCCACACAGCGUCACCACUCUCACCACGUACAGCCCCACUACUGCCACACAGCGUCACCACUCUCAAUACGUACAGCCCCACUACUGCCUCACAGCACCACCACUCUCACAACGUACAGCCCCACUACCGCCUCACAGCACCACCACUCUCACCACUCUUACCACGUACAACCCCACUACUGCCACACAGCGUCACCACUCUCACCACGUACAACCCCACUACUGCCUCACAGCACCACCGCUCUCACCACGUACAACCCCACUACUGCCUCACAGAGCCACCACUCUCACCACUCUCACCACGUACAACCCCACUACUGUCUCACAGCGCCACCACUCUCACCACUCUCACCACGUACAACCCCACUACUGCCUCACAGCGCCACCACUCUCACCACGUACAGCCCCACUACUGCCUCACAGCGUCACCACUCUCACCACGUACAACCCCACUACUGCCUCACAGCACCACCACUCUCACCACGUACAACCCCACUACUGCCUCACAGAGCCACCACUCUCACCACGUACAACCCCACUACUGCCUCACAGAGCCACCACUCUCACCACUCUCACCACGUACAACCCCACUACUGCCACACAGCGCCACCACUCUCACCACGUACAGCCCCACUACUGCCACACAGCGUCACCACUCUCACAACGUACAACCCCACUACUGCCUCACAGCACCACCACUCUCACCACUCUCACCACGUACAACCCCACUACUGCCACACAGCAUCACCACUCUCACAACGUACAACCCCACUACUGCCACACAGCGUCACCACUCUCACAACGUACAGCCCCACUACUGCCUCACAGCGCCACCGAACUUCCGCUGACAUCUAGGGCGUGA